AGCCACUGGUACAAGUACAACUACGACGACGACAACAACCACAACAUCAACGACAAGCACAACAUCAACGACAAGCACAACAACAACUACAACAACCACAACAUCAACGACAAGCACAACAACGACUACAACAACAACAACGACAACGACAACUACUACGGGUUGUGACAUAUGUUAGUACUACUAGUUAUGCUUGGAAUCAAACGGGUACAAUUGUAGCCGAUACUAGUUCUAAUCCAAUUUCAGAGGCAAGAUGUGUUUAUUUUAAAGGGAAUAACACAAUUUAUCUUUGUGGUCAUCGAGUUGGACAUGUUGAACAAUGGAUCGUAAAUGCGGCUAGUCGAACUGUAGUGACUAGCAAUACUGUAGAUCGUAUUGAUUAUAUUAGUUUCGACAAAGAUGGAACUAUGUAUACUAACAAUAAUAAUAAUAAUUUUGUGCAAAGUUUUGUGUCUAGUUCUUUAACUGGAACUAUUAUUGCUGGAUCAGGUUCAGUGGCGUCCGCAGAAAUUUUUCAAGGGCGGGGGGGGCCCACCUCCUAACGGGGGGCCCCGCCUG